UGAUCCUUUACAUCAGUGAACAGUGUGAGGCGGUUUGCUUUCCACAUUCAAGCUGCUGUUUAAUUGAUGUGAAGCCGGGUGCUCUGUCCCGUCAGAGGAACCGCUGCUGGAGGAGAUGCCACUGCAGCUGACUGUGUUGAAGCAAUCCUGGUUAUUGUUGUCGGAUGCAGCCUUUGUUCAUAACAAACACUGUGGCGUUUCGAUAUAAAACCUGACAGGAGUUGCUGCUUUCCAGGAACUUUUUCACCGCAGACAGUGGGUGCCCGGUGACAGCUUGGAGGCUGUGUGGAGUGGUUCCCUCUCUGUCUGUCUCUCUCUCUCCCUCCCUGGUGCAGAAUGGAGGAACUGGCCGCCUCGGACACCAACACCACGAACAAGCAAGAAUCCCACUCCAUCCAGACUCGCCUCCGGAAACACUUCCAGAAGAACAGACCCUUCCUCGGCUCGAAAGAGCAGAAGGGCGACCCUAAGAAAGAAACCGCCGGCAGAGUGCAACUGAAAAGCAAGAGGAGGCAUGUGCUGGACCGCGUCUUCUCGUCCUCUCAGCCCAACCUGUGCUGCUCGGGACCGAACGACAACACGGGCUCCGGCGGCCAGAGGGAUUCGCGGGCUGGGAACAAGCUGCUGUCCGAACCGAAGGCGGCCACCCCGCAGAGACAGAAAGCUAUUUUCGCCAGUGUUUGGUCUGCAGUGACCCACCACAAGAGCUCCUCGGAAUGCCUGAAGGUCCCAAACCGCGCUGAGGAAGUGCAGAGCUGCAGUCAGCCUCAGGCUGCAGUGACUGACAAUUCAAACAGUCAUCUUCGGUCUUCAUUAACUGGAGAAGACUCCAUAAUGCCCAUCUGCGGAGAACCUCUUGGGAAUCAACUACUUAGAUCAAGUAAUAUAGAUCUCCCUUCAGCAGACACAGGAAUGUACCAGCUGAAUAUUCUGCUGAAGAGCGGUCACAAUCUAGCAAUACGUGAUCGUGGAGGAACAAGUGAUCCAUAUGUGAAAUUCAAAAUAGCAAGGAAGGAAGUUUACAGAAGUAAAAUAAUUCAUAAGAACCUCAAUCCAGUUUGGAAUGAAAAAAUUUCUCUUCUGAUACAAAACAUUGCAGAAACUGUGUAUAUAAAGGUGUUUGAUUAUGACUUUGCAUUACAAGAUGACUUCAUGGGUUCAGCUUACCUGGAUCUGACUAACUUGGAAUUAAACAGGCCAACUGACGUCACUUUAAAUCUGAAGGACCCAAGCUGCCCUGUUCAAAUACUAGGGUACCUGUUGAUGACUGUUACAUUGGUUUACAGAGAAACUGAUCCAAGAGAGACUAAUAUGAUUUUGAGAAGGAAUUGGACACCAUCAUGCAAGGUACAGAACAUCCGUCUUCUGGAAGCACACAAAAGGGACGAGCUCUGGAGAGGGGUUGUCAGUGUCACUUUAGUUGAGGGCCGAGACUUAAAACCUAUGGAUCCAAAUGGGUUGAGUGAUCCAUAUGUAAAAUUCAAAAUGGGCUGUCAGAAGUACAAGAGUAAGGCUAUUUUAAAAACGCUGAAUCCCAAGUGGAGGGAGCAAUUUGACUUUCUUCUUGCUGAAGAAAAAGGUGGCACCAUAGACAUCACUGUGUGGGACAAGGACUCUUUGAAAAAGGAUGACUUCAUUGGCAGGUGUCAAGUUGAUUUGGCAGGUCUAAGUAAGGAACAUACGCACAGGCUAGAGUUGGCACUGUCAGGAGGAAAAGGCAGUUUAGUGCUUCUGGUCACUCUAACAGCAUCUGCUCCAGUCAGUAUCUCUGAUCUUUCUUUCACCACAUUGGACAAUGAAGAAGAACGUAACAAAACAAUGGCAAAAUAUUCCUUGCUAAGAUCCUUCCAAAACCUGAGAGACAUUGGAUUCGUCCAGGUAAAGAUAAUCAAGGCAGAAGGGUUAAUGGUGGCUGAUGUCACAGGGAGCAGUGACCCAUUUUGUGUGAUUGAAUUGAACAACGACAGACUGCAAACACACACUGUCCAUAGAAGUCUCAACCCUGAAUGGAACAAAGUCUUCACUUUCAAUAUUAAGGAUAUUCAUUCAGUUCUGGAAGUGACAGUUUAUGAUGAGGACCGGGAUCGGAGUGCAGAUUUCCUGGGCAAAGUUGCCAUACCUUUGCUAAAUAUUCAAAAUGGUGAACAGAAAGCCUACGUCUUGAAAAACAAGAAUCUGACAGGGGCAACAAAGGGGGUCAUCUAUCUUGAAAUGGAUGUGAUUUUUAACGUUAUAAGAGCAAGCAUCAGAACAAUCACUCCCAAAGAAGAGAAAUACAUUGAAGAGGAACAGAAAAUCUCAAAAGAGCUACUCCAGAAAAACUACUACCGUGUGAGGCGCUGCAUCAUGGUACUGGUCAAUACUGGUCGUUACAUUAACAGCUGCUUUGAAUGGGAAUCACCACAGAGGAGUCUCACUGCUUUCCUGAUCUAUCUGGUUACAGUUUGGAAUUUUGAACUCUAUGUUAUCCCACUGAUGCUGUUCGUUUUGCUGAUCUACAACUACUGUUUAAUUAGAUCAGGGAAGGACAACAGAAUAAGCUCUAUGCAAGAGUUGGAGGAGAGUUUGAUAGCAUAUGAGGAGGAUGAAGAGGACAGAACUGACAAGACAUCAUCCAUGAAGGAAAUCCUUGGGGUUAUCAACUAUUGCAAUGGAGCAGUUUCCAGUUUCAACAAGGAAAGUGAAAGGAAAGGUCUGAUGGAUAAAUUAUCAGCCAUCCAGGAAGUGGGUGUAGCUGUUCAGAAUGGUCUGGAUGAAGUUGCCAAUCUUUAUGAAAGAAUAAAGAAUACCUUCAACUGGACAGUUCCUUUCCUGAGUUGGUUGGCUGUUUUUGUCCUGUUUGCUGGCACCAUUAUCCUUUAUUUUAUUCCUCUAAGAUACAUUCUUCUUGUCUGGGGUAUCCAUAAAUUCACCAAGAAACUUCGUAACCCAUUUCUCAUUGAUAAUAAUGAACUGCUAGACUUCCUCUCCAGAGUACACUCAGAUGUGGAAGUGGUGCACUUCCAUGAAUUGAACCAAGAAUCUAGUCAGGGACUGAUGACUUUUAAGAAGAAAACCAACUCAGGAUAAUCAAACCCCUCAACCAUUGGCUUUCUGAAGAUGAGGAAGGCUCAGUUGCCAGACUACUAUUGCCUUUCUUCACUCAUUUAUCUUGAUUUUUACAAUGAACUGUAGCAUCUGUAAAUGUUGUACAAUAUUGAACUCUGUAUUUGAAAAUGCACAUACUGCUUAUUAUUGUAUAAAACACUUAUGUUAAAACUUUCAAAAUUAUGUUCUCAUGAUAUUAAAGCUUUGCAAAAUGUG